AUGGCGCGCUAUGAACAGAGAAGGCUGCUCGAGCAGCUCAUGGGAGAGAAUUUCAGUACCGGAGCCAGUAGCGAGCCCCAGGUCUCCAUUACUGACCCCAUUGUCUGUCGCGCCUACCUCGUCGGUACUUGCCCUCAAGACCGCUUCACCAAUACCAAGAGCGACCUUGGACACUGCCGCGAGCGACACAUCUCGAGCCUUAAGAAGCAGUAUCAGGAGGCAUCCACUGCUGAGAAGGAAACAUGGGGCUUCGAAUUCGACUACUUGAACAAGAUGCGCGGUCUGCUCGCUGACUGUGAUAACCGUAUCGAUUCCCAUCAGCGCCGCCUCGAAAAAACCCCCGACGAGAUCCGCAAAACGAAGGAACUGCAUGCUCAAAUCGGCGAGCUCACCAAACAGAUCGAUUACGGCGUCGAAGAGGUUAAGGUCUUUAUUUCGAAGAACAACGUGCCUCAGGCCUUGACACUGUACUGUUCGCUUGAUGCCUUCAGAGUUGAGAAGGGCAAACUUGAGCAGGAAUUGAAGGAACUCCAGGAGACCUCCGGCCCCUCCGGCCAUCAGAAACUGACAGUUUGCGACGUUUGCGGUGCAUACCUCAGCCGACUUGACAACGACCGACGUCUGGCCGAUCACUUCCUUGGCAAGCUUCAUGUGGGCUACCGUGACAUGCGUAAGGAAUGCAAGGAACUCGAGGAGCAGCUCAAGGACCGGGUUCCCCCUCAGCGCCAGUAUGACGAAGCACGCUACAACGCCUACGGUGGGGGCUCCCGUCGCGGUGGUCAAUCCUACGCUGGUGCUGGUGGUAACCGCCGCCGGGGCCGCGGAAGAUGGUAG